CAGGAGUGACAGCAGAAGUUCCGACAGAGAGUGGUCGAGUCCAUGGGAAGGAAGGAACUGGAUCGAGUGUCUAUUACGUGGACAUCAUGGGUAGGCAAUUGUAGCCUCCUGAACUUGAGACCAAUUGUUUUUCUGGACAUAAGGACAUCAGGAGAUUUCAAAAGGACAACCACAGAGAGCGGCCGAGUCCAAGUGAAGGAAGGUGCUGGAUCGAGUGUCGCUUCAUCGCCAGAACAUCAUGAAUGUGUGGAUAGGGCCCGGCGCGGUGGCUGUGGGGAGCGGCCUCUUGGUGGGAAUAAUCGUCGUGUGUGCCAUUAUGUGUUACCGACGCCGCCGUAGGAAGAAGAGGGCCAGAAAAAACUCCGCCGCCAAAGCACGCCGAAGACCUCAUCCCUCCGCCCCGCCGUCACCUCACCUCGCCCUGCUCCCGCCUUACCCCUCCCGCCACUGCAACAACACCCACGUAACCCUUCAGGGGAACGCACGCCUGCCGGACCCCAGCACUGCCUUCAACACCCUCUCAUCCUUAAUGAAUGACAUGAAGUACCAGAAAGACGGCAACGAAACACCGUCCUUUGAAGUAAACUAUGAAAACGUGAACUACAACCCUAAACUCGAUCCAUGGCCUGAAGUUCCUCGCAAUAACAUGCCUCAGGUCCACGUUGAAGACACUCCCAACUCUCUGGAAGCAGCCUCAGCACAUGCCCUAGUCUCUCACUCUCUCACGGACUCCUCUUUCCUAACCCUCAAAACUUUGGCUGGUAGUGAGAUCUGCUUCACUGACGAGGACCUUCCAACAGUCAACAUCUGCUCCCCCAUCCCCGGCCUGCUGCCCCUGCCUGACCCUCGAGCUCUGGAGGCUGCCGAUAAUUCGUAUGAUGAGUACCAGGGUUAUCUCAGGCCCACGGACAAGGAGCGUCGUCUCACCAUGAUGCAGUUUGUUGUGAAGGACAAAAUGAGGGUGAAACUGAAGCUGAAGAUGCCUGAGUGAGGGCGGAUGAUCGAGCUGUGAGGCUGAAGGAGGGAAAAGGAGCGAGAUAGGGUAGGAAAAGAGCGAGUGUGUAGAAACGAAGGGACGAGACUGUGUUGCGGUGGUCUUCAUCAUCUUUAUUAUCUUUAUCUGUGUGUGUGUGUG